AUGGCAGCGCCCUUGAGCGCGCGCUGCAAGGUUCUUGCAGACGCCGAGCCCCCGGUUCUGCCCGGUGGGGCGGCGCCGUACGGAAAUUUCCCCAACUAUUCCUGCUUCCAUCCGCCCGAAGGACGCGUCUGCCUCUUACCCGCGAGUCUUUUGGGCGAGUUGUUCCCAAACCCGCGUGCGGGUCCCCUUUUGGGGCUGGAUGUUGGAUGCAAUUCGGGGGAACUCAGUGUUGGCCUCUAUAAGCACCUCCUUGGCUUUAACCAUAGCAAUCCUGAACAUUCUGUGGAUGGAACGGACCUCCGCCUCCUCUGCUGUGACAUUGAUGCAGACCUAAUUGAGAGAGCCAAACAACGCAGCCCUUUCCCUGGUUCUAUUUCCUACAUCACUCUCGAUUUUAUGGACGCCAGUGCAAGAGAGACUCUGCUGACCUCCUACUUGAACAACUUUGGUCGUUGUUGGUUUGACAUUUGCUUCUGCAUGUCUGUAACUAUGUGGAUCCAUCUGAAUCAUGGGGAUAGUGGUCUGGUGAAAUUCUUAUCUUGCCUUGCAACUAAAUGUACGUAUUUACUUCUUGAACCUCAGCCAUGGAAAUGCUACCGCGCAGCUGCUCGGCGCCUGAGGAAGUUGGGCCGGAAUGACUUUGACCAUUUCCAUUCGCUCACCAUCAAAGGGAACAUGGCUGAGAAGAUAACUCAGAUCCUGACGAGAGACUGUGCCAUGGAGUUUGUGUGUUGCUUUGGAAGCACUAGCUGGGACAGGAGCCUCUUGCUGUUUAAAUCAAAAGAGAAAAAACAUUUGGGGUAAUUUAGGAUUUGUAUUUUCUUUUUGAAGGGGCGUGUUGGCUCGAUGAUGAUGAUGACAUUGAUGGUGUGAUGGCUUGUUGAGAUGGUGCGAUGGUAACAGUGUUCUGUGUACCUUUGGCAGUAUGGCCAUUCUGGCCGUAUGACCACUGAAAAUGUCUUUGGACGAUGCUGGCUCCCUCAGCCAAGAAACGGAGAUGAGCACUGCCCCCUAGAUUUGAACACAACGGGACAGGAAGACUUUUAACCUAUAUUCUUGCAUUUAGUCAAAGGAAAAAUGGCAAGUUAUUGGGAGAACCAACUCUUGCUAUGCUGUGAUUGAACUGUAAGAAUAACAUGGGGCCAGAGAAGAGCAACAAAGAUGAUUAGGGGAAUGGAGGCAAAACAUACAUAAAACAGUUGUUGCAAUUGGGUAUGUCUAGUUUAAUGAAAAGAAAGACUAGGGGUGAUAUGAUAGCAGUGUUAUAUCUCACUGGCUGCCA